GCACGGCUUCGCGCUUGCUCGCACCUGUUUGAAUCACCGGCGGUGGCUCUCGCCUCCUCGGAAGGCGCAACCCUCCCCCAAGGACACCGGUCGUCCGCCGGCACGGCCCACGGCGUCGUCACCGGGAAGUUGACUCAAGCCACCCGAUUCCGUGGCACGCGGCGGCACAAUUGAGACGCGUGCGUGGCUGCAGCGCGCCAGAAGCGCGAGCGGUGCGACAGGAGAAUUGUCAAGCGAGCCGCGCUUGAGACGGCCGACUCCCCCCACAUCAUCGCCAGAGCCGCCGGUCCGACCGCGCUUUGCAGUUCGCACCGAUCGCGCAGUGUUUAACGGAGGGAGGAAGGGAGUUGCGACGCGUGCGGGGCGUCGUCGCUGGUGUUGCGGCUGUCGCACACUGCGCUUCGGCGACGCGCUUUGCGGCGCGCUCUUUUCCCGAGGCGCCCCGAGUGGUGCGCACGUGCGCGACUAGCGCAGGGGAAGGGGACACACCGCCGCCGCCACCACCACUCCGUCGCCGGAUGCCGGCGAGCGACGGAUGUUUGCCCCAAGGAAGCGCGCGUUAUUAUCGCUCCCUUUGUUUCUUUUAUUCGCCAAGCGAUCGGCAGCCGAGUAACAGCGGGGGGCUGCCGCCGCACGCCGCCGAGGUGGUCCGUCGUCAAGAGCGGCGCGUCGUGUCUGGAGCGAGCGCGGUUCAACCGCCGGAACCUGCACCAAUGGCCCGCUCGAAGAAACGACCAGCGACUCCGACCGUGGAGGCAUCUCCUGCGCAACCCGCUCUGCUUCCGUUGUUCGUGAUUUUCCUCUGGAUGACCACUUCGCUGACGUCCGCGUUCAAUCUGGACACUCAGUUUCCUGUGGUGCUUCGCGGAGCUGCUGGAAGUCACUUUGGAUACUCAGUGGCUUUGCAUGCGGGCGGCCAGCUUGGAAUGCAGGCUCUCGUAGGUGCGAUUCGGGCGAACUCGUCGCACGGCAACUGGCACGGAAUCCACGAACCGGGCGUGCUCUACCGCUGUCCGCUACUCGAGGAAGGCCGGCCCUGCGUCGAGCUGCUCGUCGACGCUACGGGCAACGAGGACCACGAAGAUGCUAUUGAAAAUAUGCGCUACAAAGACCUGAAGGACAAUAUGACCCUUGGCAUGGCCCUUGAUGUUUCACCCGACGGGAGCGUUGUGGUCUGUGCACCCCUGUGGAAAAACCAGAAAUGGUACGGAGUCCACCUAGCUAAUGGCGCUUGUUACGUGCUCGAUCGAAACCUUAGGCGGCCUAAGAAACUGGUCCCACUAGUCAAAAGAAAUGACCAAAUAGACCAAAAUCAAAGUACCUCAACAGCCCAGCAGUCGGUGAACUACGACUACUACUACUACGCGGCGGAGCUGGGAUUCUCGGCGGCCUUCACGGAGGACGGCAGACUAGUCCUCGGUAUACCAGGCUUUUACAACUGGGAAGGUUCAAUAACACGCUACAACCAAGCACAUCAACUCACAAGUCAUCACAUGCUUCUAGGUAGAAAGGAGAAAGAUUCGUACAAAGGCUACUCCGUCACAACGGGAAGGUUAUUCCAGGAGCGCGAGCUCACCGUCGCCGCUGGGUCACCGCGUGGCGCCGACUACAAAGGACAGGUGCUCCUAUUCGGAAUCGACGGCCCGGGCAACGACAGGGGCGUCGUAAUCAAGAGCCGCCUCUCCGGAUCGCAGAUGUGCGAGUAUUUUGGUUCUUCGCUUCUGGCCACCGAUCUGGAUGGCGACGGCAUCGAUGACUUGCUCGUAGGCGCCCCAAUGCACAGCAUACCGGGCGGGCAGGACGAAGGGCGCGUCUACGUCUACCGAAGCAACGGCGUGGGACUGUACGCUUCCGGCCACUUGGAGGGACACCGAGCCACGGCCGCCCGCUUCGGAACCAGCAUCGCCAAAGUCGGCGACCUCAACCUGGACGGAAUUCAAGACGUGGCUGUCGGCGCACCCUACGAGAACGACGUGGGAGCCGUGUAUAUUUACCACGGGUCGCCCACGCUUGGCGAAAGGACCGUCUACGCGCAGAGAAUAGACGCGAGCACCGUGUCGUCACGCAUCGGGGCGCCUUUGAAAGGGUUCGGCAUUAGCAUCUCCAAGGGACUGGACGUCGACGCGAACCACUACGACGACGUUCUUGUCGGGUCUUACAUGGCGGACAAUGCCGUUCUGUUUAGAUCUCGUCCGAUCGCGCAGCUGAGAGGCGUCAUCACGCCCGAGGUCGGAAUGAUCACUGCCGACAUGGGUAAAUGCGAAAUCUCUGGCGGAUCCGAAUUCUCGUGCUUCAAGCUCAAUACCUGCAUCGAGUACACUGGAAAAUUUGUCAAUAAUACUGCCGACGUGGAGGUGGAGUUGACGCUGGACGUGAACCGCAAGGUGGAUAGCCGUCUCGUGCGGGGAUUCAUGUUCCGCGACCAAGACCGCGUCGACAAGUACAGCUCUCUGGUGCAGGCGAGGAAAGGACACACGACAUGCGAAAGCAGGCUCGUCUAUCUAGACGAGACCUUCGUCGAUCCGCUCAUACCGUUCGCCGUGCGGAUGGAGUACCGGCUGCGUGACACCGGUGACCAGCGCUGGUGCCCCACUUGCCCAGUUCCCGACAGGGGGUUUCCGCUUGCCGUCACAAAAGCGAUUCCGUAUCAGCACGGCUGUGGGUCGGACGAAGUUUGUCGGGCGGACUUGAAGCUGGACCUCAAUAUCAUCGGCUACGAUGGAUCCCCGCUAGUGGUCGGCGAGCGUCGGGAUCUCUCGGUGUCACUUUUUCUCGAGAACGCCGGCGCCACGGACCCUGCGUAUCUGGCUCGCGUACUGGUCACUCUACCGGACCGCGUGCGAGUGGUCAACAAGGACCGCUGCAGUGUCCAGCAGGACCCGGCCCACCGGAGGUCGCUCAUCGUCUGCGAUGCUGGGAACCCGCUCCGGCCUUCGAGAAACGCUUUCUUCCUGCUGAAACUUGAUAUGAGUCAAGUCGAGGACACCUUCAACCUAACCGCCGAAGCUACGACGACCAGUGAGGAAGCAACACCGAACGACAACAAGGUCGUGAUCACACUUCCUUUCGUACACCAGGCAGACAUCUCCAUGCUGGGGAAAGCCAAGCCCGAAGUAGUCACUUUCAAUGCACAAACAAAGGCUAUUCAACUGGAACAUGGUUUUGUCCUCGCCAAGCUGUACGCAAGUCCAAUACAGCAAGUUCAGCUAUCUGUCCGCGUGCCCUACGUUUUCAGCGAAUCGGAGAAACCCAUCGCCUUCGUCAAGCAAAUUAGGGUGUUGCAGGGUGACCUGUUCGUGCCCGGCACUUGCCGCAACAUGGAGGGAGUGGUCAAGAGCAUCGAGGGCGACCAGGCCGGACGAAAGAGCGACGACGAUUCGCGGCACGACGUGCUCGCCACGCGGAACGGCAGCCUGGGCGGCCGCGUCCAGCGGUCGGUGCCUGAACACGAGUCCCCGCACUCCGAAAAACUCACCGCUCUGCUCUAUCAGAACGUGCCGCCCCUGAACUGCAAGACUUCACUCUGUCACGAAAUCAGAUGCAACUUCGGGCCGUUUCUCACCAGACAGAAGAUUGCCCAGAUAAUACUGUCUGUUGUCGUCAACAUGGAAGAGUUCACGAGACAAGCUGGCUCCUGGUAUGCGUUCAGCGUUGGCUCUGAAGGUUACCUGAAGAUCCUGGACAACACAACCUUCUUGACUGACCCGCAAUCCCGCAAGGAGAUUCGUGUGGCAACUGUUUUCCAGAAGGAAGGCCCUCCACCAGCAGAAAAGGUGGCCACUUGGAUCAUCGCAGCAAGCGCCUUCUCUGGCCUCAUCCUCUUCUCUCUGAUUAUCGCUGGACUGGUUCACUUGGGCUUCUUCCGCCGGCGACAGCGCGAGGCACUGGAGAAGCUUCUGCAGGAGGAGAACGACAAUGAGUGGAACGAGUUCACUGUUACGAAAGCCGACGUGGAGGCUGAGAAGGAGUUUUUCCGCAAGAGCAUGAUGAUUGGUGCCGCCGACCUGAAAGUGCUCCAGGAACAGAUAGAAGGCAGUACCGAAGAUGUCAAGGAUCUUGGCUGAGACUGACUAGCAUAACUGCUGGUUGAAAAGUGACACAUCAAGGCCUUGAACGGUUCAGCAUGUGUUGCAUUAAUAUGACGACAAGUGAAGUGCAAAGUGCGACCUUUAAACUUUUCGUCGUCCAGCGGCGACGGUUCUGGGACACCUUGCACCUCUCAUUUGAGACUAUUCCCGGCGAGGCAUACAGGAGACUGCACCUAGCUCAAUGGUGUGCCUGCUACCUGUACGAUUUGUGGUGACAAUGUUCUGUUGGACUUUCCUUUUUCUUUCUUCUUACUCUGUGCCCAUUGCUUUGGAAAGUAAGAAAACAAGACAGAUGCAGAACUAUAAGAGGAACAUGCUGUAAAAUAUUUAAUCUAGGUCAUGACAGUGCAGAACAUUCCUCUGACGGAGUGCUUUCUUGUAUCAAGCGCCAACCUGGCCUCAAUGCGAGCUCAGCAGCAGAGUAAAAGGUACAUUGCAGUAUACAAAUUCAUGGAUAUAAAAUGCUUCCAUGGUUCAAUGUAGCCCAAAGUGAUUAUUACUGACAAGAGACAUGUCUCUUCAAGCCUGCAGAUCCAGAUUGUGAUUUUUGCAAGUUUUAACUGUACAUUGCCAGUUUGUAUGGAAAGCAUUUGUAGCAGUGACGUGAACACACUAUGCAACGUGUACCUAUACCUAAGAAUAACUUUCCAUGGCCUUUGGCUAAAAUAUUUGUUAGUGCACCAUCAUGUGGCUUUCGCUUGCAUGUUGCAACAAUACAACCAUUGUGCAGAAAGGGAUAUGGUGAACCAGUAGCACAUAUACACUCUUUCUACUUCCUGGCCUUGUUAUAAAAGCGCAAGGACAAAUGAUUGAAGCAUUAAAUUAAUUUAAUUCAGCUACCCAUACCAUGCUUGAUAUCAGAUAUAUGGCAGGCAGAAGGAAGAAUGCCACUAUAGAUACUUUGUCCUUGCCAGCAGUGAUUUCAUUGGUUCAUGAGCGCUUAACACUCUCAAGACCUUGAAUGACAACAUGCUUAGUUUUAUCUUCCUUUUGCCUGCAAUCCACAUGUGAUUGUGUGCAUAUGCAGUAGCCUAACAAACACGUACUGACAGGUAGCAAAUUCUAAAGGCAGCCAAAAAUAAUUUCGAGGCAGUUUGUGGGAAAAUUUAAUUUCCUUUAUUUCCAUGCACUUCAUGUGCAAAAUUCUGCUGUUGCAUGAGCAUAAAAAUUUAUUUUAGAUUUUCUAUGGAA